AUGGAAAGCAAUGAAUUUAGGCAUGCAAUACAGAUUCCGCGAAUCGCGUUCGACGACCGCUUUCAGGGAGUGGACGAAUUUGACAGGGCAAUUUUCGAUGAAAUAUGGCAAGACAGCACGUUCAUGGAUCCUAUCCUGGAGUGGAAUGAUAAAGAUUCCGCGGCUUUCUGCGACGACACAGAUAUCUUCCCAUCAGUCUUAAACAUCGAACAGCCUCACGACGAUGUGCCUAUCAACGAGAAAUUUCUCGAUUUGGAUGGGCGCCCAGAAAUUGGUCCCCUGAGCCCUACGACGAAUUCCGACUGUGAGAGUCCAGAUCCCGUUUCUGAAGAAGACUUUGGUAGUGCUCCAUCAGCACAAUCGAGCAUUCCUGCGACUUCGAUGAAUUCUCAACAGAGGCCCGAUUCACAUCGCAUUUGCGAGCGACAGCCAGCCGGGACUCUUGUUGGGUUGAACAUUAAUGGACCUUGUAAAAGACCUGGGUCGGCUUUGUCCAAUGAGAAAGAGAAUGGCCAAUAUCGGCAAUCGAAACCCAAACCAUAUCAAAACUACGUGGAGCAAAGACGCAGUCUCGCCUGUCCAUACCGAAAGCUCGACCCUCACCGGCAUCGCGACUGCCUCAAGUACACCCUUCAUCGAAUCAAGGAUGUGAAGCAGCACAUUGACCGCCGCCACAGAAAGCCGGACGUCUAUUGUGCACGCUGCUACGCAACCUUCCCGUCCCAGACCGAGCGAGAUGAGCACACAAGGGACUCGCGCUGCGAGAUUUUGCCAAGGAAGUGCCUGGAGGGUGUGACAGAUGAGGAAAGGGCGAAGUUGAACAAAGGUUCUUGCCGCAACGUGCCCCUAGAGAAACAGUGGUUCAUGAUGUGGGACGAAUUGUUCCCGGGAGAGGCCCGACCACGGUCUGCUUUCUCCGGCAAUUACAUUGAGGAGGUCAUUCCUCUUAUCAGACACUGCUGGGUUGACAAAAGCUCUGCAAUCAUUGACAGUGCUAUGAGGGGCUAUGAAACCACCCAGGUCGAUAGAGGUAUAUUGCACAAGCUCAUGAAUAAUGUUUUCGACCGUCUCGAGGAUGAAGUGUGUCGCAGGACACCUUCUGGAGGCUUGGAAUCGAAUGUGGAGGACGCUGAGCAAGAAAUUCGCGCAAAGAAACCAAGAACACAUUGA